GCCGAUUUUCUACUGUAGUGAAGCAAGCUUCAGCGGAGUAUUUGCUAGUCGUAUCAACUGCGCCCUCUUCCCCGCUAUAAAGAGUGAAGGCUAAGUUGUGCACCUUCUCCGUUAUGUUUUCUCUGGAUCAUCCUGUGUCCCUCUUCUUCUCUGCAUCUCUCUCCAGACGCAUUCCUUCGUUCUCACCAUGUCCAAUCACGUCAACGGCUUGAAGCCUGUGUUCCCAGAGAAUGCAGCCUCCAAAGACUACGCUGCAUAUUUAGACGCUGCAGAUCCGUUGGCUGCCUUUCGUCACAAGUUCAUUGUGCCCUCAAAGGCCAAUAUUGCCUCUAAGAGGCUCGCAAAGCCCAAUCUAUCAAGUGACCCUUGUAUUUAUUUUUGCGGCAACUCCCUUGGGAUCCAGCCCAAGGCCGUUUCGAGGUAUUUAGAAGCACAACUAAACACAUGGUCAUCAAUCGGGGUCAACGGCCAUUUCACGAAAAUUGAAGACUCCCCCCUCGAGCCAUGGCAACUGCUCGCUGAUCAGGCCGCAAGCUCGAUGUGUAAGCUGGUCGGGGCGGCACCAGAGGAAGUCACGGCAAUGGCCACUCUCACAGCAAACCUGCAUAUGUUGAUGGCCAGCUUCUAUAAGCCCACAGCCACUAAGCACAAGAUCCUGCUCGAUUGGAAGGCAUUCCCUAGCGAUCAUUACGCCAUCGAAUCGCACAUCGGUUGGCAUGAACUCGAUCCGAAGCAGUCUAUGGUGCUCAUUGGCCCAGAGGAUGGGGAGUACAAGAUCUCCACGGAAAAGAUCCUAUCAUACAUCGAUCAGCAUGCCGAUGAGGCAGCCUUGCUCCUCCUCCCAGGUAUUCAGUACUACACCGGGCAACUCUUUGACAUCAAAACAAUCACGGAGUACGCACAGUCAAAAGGUCUUGUCGUCGGAUGGGACCUCGCCCAUGCAUACGCAAAUGUCGAGCUGAAGCUCCACGACUGGAACGUAGAUUUCGCAGCAUGGUGCACCUACAAGUACGGAAAUGCUGGGCCUGGGGCCAUUGGUGGCCUAUUCGUUCACGAGAGACACGGAAGCGUCGAUUAUAGCCAAGGAGAGGAUUCUCCCCAAUUCCGGCACAGGUUGACAGGGUGGUACGGUGGUGAUAGAUCCGUCAGAUUCAAAAUGGACAACAAAUUCAAGCCUACACCAGGCGCGGGAGGCUUUCAGCUCUCAAACCCAUCAGCCAUUGACCUAGCCUGUCUCUGUGGCUCAUUAUCCGUAUUCGACGAAACAUCAAUGACCGAGCUGCGCCACAAAUCCGUCCAAUUGACAGGGUAUCUAGAGUACCUCUUAUUGAAAGACACAACAGACGACACUCGUCCGUUCCGCAUCAUCACCCCGUCAAACCCUAAAGAAAGAGGCGCGCAGCUGAGCCUUCUUCUCAAGCCUGGCUUGCUGCAAAAGGUGGCCAGUAGAUUGCAAGAGGCUGCGAUUGUUUGCGAUAAGCGGGAGCCCGGUGUAGUGCGUGUUGCCCCAGCUCCACUGUACAACACUUUCUCUGAGGUGUGGUCGUUUGUGGAGCAGUUCCGGGCUGCAUUGAGUGACUAGAGGCGUUAGUGUCCCUGGUGCCGUUCUCGUGACUGUACGCUCUUAAUGAUAUAUGAAUCUCCAUUAACUAGAGCUCAUAAACAUUUUUCUCAGAAAUUGAAUCGUGUCAGGCCCCAAAAUUGAGCACAAUUAGAUGCGUGUUAGCCACAAGUAAGCGAAUAAACGGGUAGAACAACUAGUAGAUAGUUCAAU